UGUGUUCAAGCGGUGCUCAGAAACAGGGUGGUGACGUUACCAAGAACGUGCUAAAAAUUGUAAUAAAACAGAGCAUGAAACCACACUAAACGUCGAAUUCUCCACUUUGGGAAUUACUUCAUCAUUCUGGGACUUCACACCUGCUCUGGAUUCGGGAGUACGUGUCAGUUAAGAAUUACUGAAAAGCUUUUGUAUGAUAAAUUUGACGUUACUAGACCGAGUUUCGAGAAUCAUAGGAAGAGCAUGCGCGGACCAGGUCUCACCGCAGGAAUGCUGGGCAGUUGAAAUUUGGGCGAGGCCAAGAAAUUGCAAGUCUUGCUUCUUAUGAGCCAAAAGCUCCCCAUGCUCUUGUUAUGCUACCCCACCUUAUCCCUCGCUCUCGAUGCUUUUUCCAAAUCUUGCAUCACCAUCUUUGCUUGUGAGGAUUUUAAUGUAGAGGCUAAUAAUCUAAAGGUGAUUGUAAGUGUUUGGAUCACUUGGGCCGCAAGCUUUUGAGGAGUCAUAUUGAAUUGGGUGUGAGCGAGCAUGCUGGGGAGUGAAUGCUGGGUAGCCGGGAUGAACUGAUUUGGAAACUUUUAGCUAUGAGAACUGUGAGGAUGUGAACGUGAAGGUAAUUGUAUGCAUACUUUCAGGACUUCGAGCUUUCAGGCCUCCCAUUGACUCGUCUUUGAUUACACAGGUUCUUGGUGCAAACGUAACACUGUAGAAACUGAAGUUUCAAAAUAAGGAACACAGUGUAAUUGACCUCUGGAUCGAUAACGCGUAAUGUAAGGGCGUUGAAACGUCGAUUGAGAUUCAUUGGCGCUUCGGUUAAUAUGUAACUGUUCCCAAAGACGAGAACUUCACCACCGUUUCAUGGGGAUGCUGCCUAUUGGCGCACGAUUCAAUCUCUCUACAGCAGGACUGUGCCACGAAUGAGCCAGUCGAAUGCGUGAUGGAGAGAUAGACGACGGACUACGAAUUUUGGUGAAAACCUCCAUCACGAGCCGAGUAGGGAUAUCAUGGCGCGUCCAAGACGAUGUCUGGGUGAGAGAGCGCAUCCCACUUUCCUGACAUCUGUGGUGAUAGCCGUCUCGGCAAUAGUGCUCCUCCAGCACAUUUGCACCACCAAGGGGCCUGCCUACUCGCUGCUGCACUCAUCCCUCAUUUCUCGCCAGGCCGAGCCUGUUCUCUCCAAAUUGGAUGCCUUAACGCCCACAAAAGGGCGUCAUCAAAAAAAUCUUACCCCAUCGUCACCAGAAAUGAUAUCCGAGACUGAAAAUGUCUCUACUCAGGCACAAUCGCUGAGCUCCAACAAGAGGCAGGAUUUCAGCGAGAAUUUCCUGCACGCUGGUAAUGAGUCGCAGAUGUUCACGGCAGUUGAAUCCGAAGUCUCAGAGACUGGGAAGGAAUUCAACAACAAUGGGACUGACUUGCUAGUUCCUGAAACGUCAAAUCGACAAGUAAGCUCUGAGAUUCUAAACAAUGGAACCAUGGUGGAGUCAGUAGUUGCGGAAGCGGCCACGGAGAGGCAGGUGGUCGCGGUUGAGACGGAGGCCGUCCAGAUUGUGAAGGGUGUUAUCAAUUCAAUCAAUUCAAGUGAAAAUAUGGCAGAGGUGGCGGAUCGCAUGGACUUGGAUCACAAUCGCAGCGAAUUGACUGUCCCGAAUGCAGAGUCGGAUUCCAAAGGUGCUAUACCCGUGGGUGGGGACGAAGCGGUUGACGUCAUGCAGCCUCGAAGGUUUGAAAGCUUAGGAGACGCAAAUGUGGGACGGAUACCAGUGGAAACAGAAACAAGUCAUGAAGAAAACAAACAGCAGUUAAUGAUCGCGUCUUGGCCUCCACAGGCCUCCCCAGUCCCCAAGGUGUCGAAAUUUAACCCAAUAUUUGACGAACUGCAGACUUGCAAGAAGGCAAUAGAGGGCGCCACACUCGAGACUGCUGAUCCAAGUUUGGACAGCUCUCUUUACAAAAACGUGACGGCGUUUUCCAAGAGCUAUGAACUCAUGGAGAAGGUGUUCAAGGUAUACAUCUAUAAAGAUGGCCGCAAGCCGCUGGUGCACUCAGGGCCCCAACUCGGAAUCUAUGCAUCGGAGGGGCAGUUCAUUGAGCGUAUGGAGGCGGCCAGCGAAUUUCUUACGGACGAUCCAUCGCGGGCGCACAUGUUUUUCUUGCCAUACAGCGUCUAUCGCAUGGUGACCCAUCUCUACGUGCCGAACUCUCGGUCCAUGUUACCACUCGCCACUUUCAUCAAGGACUAUGUCGAAGCCCUUGCCCGGCAAUAUCCGUAUUGGAAUCGGACCAAGGGGGCUGACCAUUUCUUUGUCUCCUGUCACGACUGGGGACCAGCAACCGCGCGAGACCAUCCCACACUCAGAAGCAACGCCGUGAAAGUAGUGUGCAACGCAGACUUAACGGAGGAGUUCGUAGUCGGCAAAGAUGCAUCACUACCCGAAGUCUACAUGCACAAAUCCAAAACAAAAGCACCGAUUAAGCUCGGCGGUCCAGGUUACGAUGAGCGACCGUACUUAGCUUUCUUCGCUGGCCAGAUGCACGGCCGCGUGAGGCCCAUCCUCCUAGACCAUUGGAAAGACAAAGACCCUGACCUGAUGAUUUACGGAGUGCUUCCCAAACCUAUUGCGAAGCAAAUCUCGUAUGUCCAGCACAUGAAAAUGAGCAAGUAUUGUAUCUGUGCAGCGGGGUACGAGGUCAACAGCCCACGGAUUGUGGAAUCGAUCCACUACGACUGUGUUCCUGUGAUCAUCGCCGAUAACUUUGUGCUUCCCUUCAGUGAUGUCCUCAACUGGGAUGCGUUCUCCGUGACCAUGCCCGAGAGUGACAUUCCCAAGCUGAAAGCCAUUUUGAAUGAUAUCCCUGAGAAGACCUACCGGAGCAUGCAAAUUAGGCUGCGGAAGAUUCGGCAGCACUUUGUUUGGCAUAAGAAGCCGGAGAAGUAUGAUGUGUUCCACAUGAUCCUGCACUCAGUGUGGAUGAGUCGGAUCAACCGGCUCGAGCAGAUCAGAGACUUGUCUGAAGAACCGUUUAAGGAUUAAUUAGCGAUCCUGGUGUGGAUUAGAGAUCCUGGCUACUUAAGAUUGGUAGAAUGUAGCUUAUAUUAGUACCCUGCCAGGUAUUCGCAGGACUGGAUUUAUUUCAGAGCUUCGCGGCUCUGAGCUGGAACGCUGCAACUUGGAGGUUCAAGCGGAGGAGCACACUUAUCUUGCAAGUGCCACAUUGUUUUCAUCAACUCAGCGCCUGGUGGAUGGGACUUGUAGCUAUCGUGCGGUGUGUACAGUGUAAUUAGAAAACUACACAUCCUAAGUGAGAGAUUCUUUGUGUGUCCAAGUUUCCCUGUUCUGAUAUUCAGCUUCUUACAAAGAUGUUGCAAUCGGUGUUUUGCAGCCAAGCGUGAGGCAAAGGGCGACCAUUCAGGCAACAGUGACGUCCACCCUCAUCAGAGCUGCAUGAACCCUCAUGUAAAACAAGAAUUCCGCCGUUGCCGAAGCGGCAUUCCUAUAUGACGAGUGGACUGGGCUAGCAGCAAUGAUCGUCGAUAUGAGAGUCUAUCAUCAAGGAGAAUACCCAGUUGAAGGACCUGCUGCUGGACUUCUCCACGUCUAUCUUCCCGCAAAUAUAAACGGAGAUUAGCAAUCCUGUGUAUGCUUUCACAACUGCUAGCAAAUGCAGGAGUGCAAUAAGCUGUGUGAGUCGGAUUGUAGCUUGGUUCUGGACUUAGAAAUUGUUUCCCAUUCAGCUUAGUUUGUGAAUUCUAGCUAAUGACCUGACUCCUUAUCCACAUGAAUACCGACAUACGAGAUCUUGAGAUAUCUGAGUAGAUUCAGUGCUUCACGUGUGGUUUUCACACGUUUAAUAAUUGAUUUCACCCCACGCGACUGUGAUGUGCAACAAGUUUUUAUAAUCACGAGUAAGUGUUUUGAUACCGUAUCCUUGAUCAUGCAAUCAUGAUUAUUACAUCAUGCAAACAGUGUUCUGAUACCGUAUCCUUGAUAGGAAUAUGUCCAGCUUCAAGCAGCAGCAGAGGAGUCUCCAAAAUGCAGAAAAAAGCAUUAUGAAAUGAGGGGUCUUUAUACAUAGAAAGCCCACUUUGAAAGGCUAUCAUUCAAAAACUUUACCAAGAUUCUCUCCUAAAAAGUUUUAACCUUUUACCUUCUCUCCUAAGUAGAAAGAUCUUCAUAGUUAAAUUUUUAUGUUGAUGUGCACACUGUUCAUCCUUAAUUAGAGUAUGGACUAAUGUAGACCACAAAAAAAUCAUGAUAUUUUUUAAAAAAGACAUUUAUUUUUUAAGAGGGAUAUAUAAAAAAAAAAUUAUUUAUUUAUUUAAAUUAUAAACAUGAUCCAUCGUAAAGAUAUCAUUUAAAGAAAAAUUAACUUGUAAUCUAGUAAUACCACUAUUUUACACAAGCGAAAAUUUUGCUUU